UGUUCUGCUUUCCCUCAUGAUGUCCUUUAAACAUUAAUUCGAGCCGAUGCUGAUGCGGCUGGUGCGCUCUGCACGCGCGUGGGUCACGCUCUGCACUUGACAGCGCUUCUUCUGCAGACUUCUGAGGAAAACUUAGCAAGAAGUUCAUCCCUGCAGCAGUCUGCGGACUCUUCUCACACGGACUGUUUUGCAUCCAAAACAUAAAAUCGUUUGUUGUUGUUUUUUUUCGCAUUUUAAAGCUGCACCACAGAGGCGAGACGGCGACCUCAGUCGAUUACCUUUCUUUCCUUUGCUAUCCAAUGGAUAUUCACUGCAAAGCAGACCCCUUCUCGGCGAUGCACCUAUCCCACGCAGGGCACGGCGGUGUGAACCAGCUCGGCGGGGUGUUUGUGAACGGCAGACCCCUCCCGGACGUGGUGCGCCAGCGGAUCGUGGAACUGGCUCACCAGGGCGUUCGACCCUGCGACAUCUCCAGACAGCUACGGGUCAGUCACGGCUGUGUCAGCAAAAUCCUCGGCAGGUACUACGAAACCGGCAGUAUUAAACCCGGAGUCAUCGGCGGUUCCAAACCAAAGGUGGCGACUCCAAAAGUGGUGGAUAAAAUCGCAGAAUAUAAACGGCAGAAUCCAACCAUGUUCGCUUGGGAGAUUAGAGACCGACUACUGGCGGAGGGCGUCUGCGACAACGACACCGUCCCCAGCGUCUCAUCCAUCAACAGGAUUAUUCGCACCAAAGUCCAGCAGCAGUUCCAUCCGUCCCCCGACGGAUCGGUUACGCCGCUCUCUACGCCCGGUCACACUAUAGUGCCCAGCACGGCCUCUCCACCGGUGACCAGUGCCUCCAACGACCCCGUAGGAUCCUACUCCAUCAAUGGCAUCCUGGGCAUCCCGCGCUCCAAUGGGGAGAAGAGGAAACGAGACGAUGUUCUCUGGAGUGGCAACCACUUGGAUGGAAGGAAAAUAGGACAUUAUGGCUCUGAUGGCUCAGGCCCUGGCAGCGACUCUCAGGGCAGCGUGGAAAGUUUGAGGAAGCACCUGCGAGCAGACGCAUUCACCCAGCAACAGUUGGAGGCUCUGGACCGCGUGUUUGAGCGGCCCUCAUAUCCCGAUGUCUUUCCCACUUCAGAACACAUCAAACCCGAGCAGGCAAACGAGUACUCGCUCCCGUCCCUCAAUGCUGGCCUGGAAGAUGUGAAGCCCAGUCUGUCCACGAGCGCCAGCUCCGACCUCGCCUCCAGUGUCUCCCAGAGCUACUCUGUUGUGACAGACUCUCACCCAUCCCACCCAUCUUCCAUGUGUGUAAAGCGUGAGCCCCAUGAGGCAUCCUUUGCUCCCUUCACCCCUUCUUCUCUCAUGGACUCCGGUCUAGCCGACAUCUUGUCCCACCAGUCCAGCCUCUCUGUAGAUGCCUCUACUCCCAUCUACCCCGCCCAUGUACACGGCUCCUGCUACAGCCAGUAUGCCAGCCAGCCCUUUAUAGCAGGUCGAGAUAUGGCGAGUACAACCUUACCCGGAUACCCACCUCAUGUCCCGCCCACAGGACAAGGCAGCUACCCCACAUCCACGCUUGCUGGAAUGGUUCCUGGAGGGGACUUUUCUGGAAACCCUUACUCUCAUGCUCAAUAUACCACAUACAAUGAAGCCUGGCGGUUCAGCAAUCCAGCGUUACUAAGUUCCCCUUAUUAUUAUAGUGCCGCAUCCCGUGGCUCCGCACCUCCCACUGCUGCCACUGCCUACGACCGCCACUAGUUACCAUGGAGACCAGCUGAAACUGCAGGGCCAGGGCAUCGGCCUCCAUAUUGUCCCCGUCUGAGAAACACUGAGGUCAAAAGGAAGCACGGCGGAAACCUAAAGGAAGCGGGUUACGUGGCAUGGAGGAAGGCAUCUAACCAGGCGUCGGCGUCACACACUUUGGGGCGAAACGGGCCCGUGGACGCACAGAGCAAAACUCAACUCACAUCAACUCCCUCAUGGAUCUGAGCAUUUCCAGAAUGACUUUUAAGAGAUUAUAUAAAUAUAUAUAUUAUAAAAUAUAAAUGGAAGAAAAACUGUGUGGAAAAAAUGUGGAAAAAA